AAGGUUGUAACCAUGGAAACGUCCCCUGAUUCCAGACUGGUUCUGGUAGUUCUCCGGUUUGUCCUGAGGGGGCGCUGCUGCUGCUGCUGCGGAGCGUUAAUCCGAUGAGAGAAGAAGAAGCAUCUGAAGCUCCGACAGAAGGAGAAGCGGAGAAACAAAGGAGGGAAUCUUUGCUCCUGGGGGAUAAUCUGGCCGCCAUGUUGUUUGUUUUGAUUCGCAGCCUGUAGCCCCCCCUCCUCCUCCUCCUCCUCCAGCUGCUGUCUUGUUCUCCUUCUUGUUUCUCCUUCUGGUUUCUCCUCCUGCAGACAUGGAGAGCCUCUAUAAGCGCAAAAUGUUCGCCUCCAUGAGGAGAACCAAGGCGGCCGCCUCCAAGAAGCGGCAGAUCGGCCUCCCCGCCUCCAUCCUGGACGACAGCGAUGAAGGCUCCUUCUCCUCCUCCUCCUCCUCCUCCGGCUCCCAGUCGGACUUCCGGAGCUCCGCGGAGGAGGACCGGGACUGGAGCCAGUCCGGGGGGGGGAGCUCCAGCGACGACAGCCGCUCGGUGAGCCGCAGGAAGCGCUCCUUCCUGGGAGGAGGCGACAGCUCCUCUUCCUCCAGCCCCGAGGAGGAGAAGAAGGAGGAGCAGGAGGGAAGGAGCCAGCCGAAGACGAAGGCCCCUCCGAGGAAGAGGAGCAGGCUGCAGCGGCAGGAGGAGUCCGACUCCGAGCAGACAGAGGAGAAGAAGAAGGAGGAGGAGGAGAAGGAGAAGAAGAGGAAGAGGCACAACAAGCUCCUGGAGCUUUCCCAGAGGAUGAAGGCCCGGGGCCCCGCCAGGAGGAGGAGCAGGCCCCCGCAGGGUUCUGAUGAAGAUGAAGGGUCCAAAGAGGACGGAACCAGAGGAAGCCGCGGGGCGGGGGAGGAGGACCAGUAGAACCGGUCCGGUCUGUAGAACCUGAGACCCAAACUGUUUGGUUCCUUCUGACUAAUGAUGCUUCAGGGUUGCCAUAGCAACGAACCCAGAGAGCCGGUUCUGGACCGGUCCGGACUCCUGCUGAUGAAGGAAGAGCCUCCAGUCCGUUUUCAGGAGCCAAGCCGAACAGAACCGACCCGGUUUGGAGGCGGAGUUCUUCUCUGUGGGCGGAGCUUCUUCAGCGAUACCGGACUCCAUUUCCCACAAUGCUUUCUGCUGCCGAGACGAACGGAUCAGGACUCCAGAACUUUGUGCGUUCUGCAGCAUUGACCCGUUUACGCAGCCCUGGAAUCUGGUUCUGUUGGUUCUGGCCCGGUUCAUCUGAACCACAUCUGGACCCAGAGGAGAACUCCUUUGUUCCUGAAUGAGCCGGACCACCUGGUUCUUUCUGGACCGGUUCUGACCCGGUUACAGUUAACACCCAGGUUCUGGUGAAAGAACAAUCCUGGGUCCAAACAGCAGAGUUCUGUAGAACAACCCAGAAAAGGGGGGGGGAGUGGGGUCUGGUUCUACCAGCUGUUCUGUUGCCAUGGCAGCGCUCCUGUUGCCAUGGCAGCUCCUGUUCAUAUAAUCCAAACAUGUUGAAUAAAUGGCUUCCUGUGUGCUGCUGCGUUUGUGGAAAAUGGGACAAAGCGCUUCCAUCCUUCCUGCUUCAGUUCAUCUAUUUAGCUGGAAGCUGAAGCUUCGGCCUCAUCAAUAAAAAGUAUUCACACCCCUGCUUGUGUUUUUAGGUCCUGAUUUAAACAACCUGUUCAGAAUGAAAAGCAGCUUUUAGAAGGUUCACUUCAUUAGGAGGGAAAAACUAAAGCUCCCUGGAUCUAGGUCAGCUAGAACUGGACCUCCCGUACCAUGAUGACGCCGCCGCUGCAGAACACCAGCGGGUUCUAGAAGCACCAGCAACAGGAUCUGCUGAGUAGCUCAGACUGACCCCUCAUGGAGCGCUAAGGAGGGCUGAGGGCGCAUUCAGAGGGUCUAAGCUCUAGUGGAUAAAAAAGUAGUGCACUCAAAAUCCCCCACAAUGCACCUCGAAAAGUAGAGUGCAUCAGAUUUACCAGAAUGCU